CGAAACUUACGUUUAUGCACCGCUCUUGGACAGUACUGGUAGAAUAGGUUCUCAAUCAAGGUUUACCAACAGGUCACUGCACCACGUAAGGAUACCGAUUCCGUCCAAGGGUGCCGUCAGUCGUUCAGUCAACACAUACGAUGGUUACCCGUAUAUUUGUGACGCUCCUAGUAUCAGUCAACCUGUUAGCUCCGGUCAACUGUGGGUACAGCCCAGCUGUGCCUGCCACGUGCAGCGCGCCCGACCCCCUCGCUACCACCGGUCAAGCGGAAAUGUUCUGUGUACCAGGUAUCGCGGAUACUGUGUGGUACAUUGACUAUAACGACCAGAAGACAUAUUCAGAGGCCGAGGAGGAGUGUAACCGCGCCACCGGCGACUCCUGGAAGAUGGCGUGGAUAGCAUCAUCCGCUGAGCGCCAGGCGCUGUAUGACCGUAUAAAGGUCGUUUCGGCGUUAAAAAAAGAGUACGUCGUCUCCUUGAAGGACGUCAAUCCAUCGGGUGGCGGUGGAAACCGAGACUGGCAGUGGCUGACCCCUCAUCAGAACGCUGCAGUGUAUAUGCCCUGGCUUAACGCGUGCUCUAACGGAGGAUGCGGGGACUGUGUAACGUUGGACUGUACCUCAGAUACCGAUGCCUGUCAGUUUAAUAUGGUGGACUGUGGCCAACAGAGUUAUGCGGUGCUUUGUCGCCAUGGCGGAGCAACUGUUAACAAUGAACCGACCACACAGGCCCCGACAACUGCAGCCCCUACGACCACCACUACAGUCGUAACAACCACCCAGGCACCCACGACCACCACCACUGUCGUAACAACUACCCAGGCACCCACAACCGCUGCGGUAACAACCACCCAGGCACCUACGACCACCAGUGCUGCUACUACCACGGAAGCUGAAACAACAACGAUGGGUGCAGAUUGCUCCGACCCUGGUAAUAUCACCAAUACCAACCGUUCUCCGGCCUACCAGAGUGCCGGGUUCUCUGAGGGGGACACAGUCACGUACACCUGUGACCAGUGUUCAUUCCUCGAGGGCGAGACAUCCAAAUCCUUCAACAGAACCUGCUCCAAUAAUGCCUGGAAUAACGAGCGGAACUGUUCUCGCUACAGCUGCAGUCCGCCUGGUAACGUCACCAAUGCGGUUCGUUCCGGUACCGGUGAACUUUGCGGGGACAACCGCCAGUACCAGUGUUAUCCGGGCUUCAAGAUCUGGUCAGAAGGACGCUGGUCACACACCCACACAAGCACCUGUCAGGCCGACGGCCAGUGGUCAAACCCGGCCACAGAGUGUGUAGAGGAUCCAGUCAACUUAGGCUGUGUCCAGCCCACUGAUACGAGCUGGGCCAGCAGCUAUACCACUGUCACAGGCACACGCACGGUAGACGCGUGUAGAACGCACUGUAAAGAUCAGGGGAUGGCGUACUCCAUAUUGGCGUACGGUAACAGGUGCCUGUGCUCCAAGCCUGGGCUCAGCCAUUUCAACUACGUCACGGAGCUCGCUCGCAGUGCAGAGUACACCGAGGAUCAGCUGUUCAAGUGUAACCAGACCUGCCCGGGGUCUUAUGACUCUUACGAAUACUGCGGCAACUCGCACGAGGAUUAUUACAGUUUAUACGACACAAUGAUUCAUACCACGUGGCAGCUGCCUAGCGGAAACGGUCUAACUACCCGGAUGUCAAAUGCUGCCGACAGUCUGAACUAUCCGGAGAUGUCGCCCCAAAUCUGCUCCAGGUACUGCUACGGCAAAAGUUCAAACUACAGCUAUGUUCUGGUGCGGCAGUGGGACUGUUAUUGCAUGGAAGAAGCUGAUACCGAUUUAAGGGACAUCGUGGAUAAGGUGGCCAACUGUUCGUACAAUGCCGAGAACUGCGGGGGCACUGACAGGGUGUUCGGGUACCCUUUAAGUGAGGAACCGUAUGUCUCCAGCUGCCAGGAUGUCUAUAACGCCGGUCUCUGGAUCCAUGGGACCUAUUAUUCCUCAGACUCGUCGUCUUUUUAUUGCAAUAUAAAGGAGAACUCCACGGCGUGUGACCAAGGCUGGAUCUCCCAUGGUGGUCACUGUUACAAACUGACCCACGUCCAGAAGAACUUUGACCAGGCCAUCCAAGCGUGUGCGGCGGACAACGCCCACCUUGUGACAGUGAACAGCGCCAGCGAGAUGAACUUCCUGAAAAACUUGAUUCCUACUCGCCCGUCACUGCUGUACGAAUGGUACUUUUUCAUUGGAUUCUACGACUUCGCUGACACUAAAGCUAGCACGUGGUUGGAUGGUGCCUUAAGCAAAUAUAAAUAUUUCCACGGCACCUCUCCAAAUACCUUCGGCUACAAGUGCAAUAUUUUGAUGCGGUCACAGCAGUACAAGUGGAGGGACUGGUUAUGUUCGGAAACGGAAGGGUACAUAUGCGAAAAAUCACCAGAGUACAUAGGAUGUUUUGACAGAGUACAGGAUGGUGAGGUUGUUCUGACUAACAGUAAGAUGUCCAUACAGUACUGUAGACAAACUUGUAUGGCGAAGAGUUACGACUACGCAGCCUUGCUCAAUGGAAACGCAUGCCACUGUGUAACCAAUGAUGGCACCAAUGCCACGGCCUUUGACCUCCACUCUCCUCUCCCUAUGACGUCAUGCUCCACGCCGUGCCUGGUCAAUGACAAACAGUACUGCGGCGCUGCUAACAAGUUCAACGUGUACCAAGCCUCAGGUCUAUCCAGCCCAGAAUAUGCCCAGUCCUGCUACGAGCUGGAGAUGGCCGGACUGCCCAGUGGAGAAUACAUCAUCAAACCUUCUGGUGGCUCACCAUCUACCAUCAACUGCACUAUGGAGAGCGACGGGCUGUGUUCAGUGGGCUGGAUUGGGCACAACGGGCACUGUUACCUCUUCUCAGCCGGAUUUAACUCUUUCACCAAUGUGCGCGCGAUCUGCAAGGCACGUGACGCAACCAUGGUAACCUUGGAUGACGUCACGGAGGGCACAUUUCUCUACAACGUGAGGGCAAAUGUGCCCGCUCUUUAUGACAAUUCAGCAUACUGGCAUGUUGGGGGAUACGCUACAGCAGGCUACCAUCACUAUCAGUGGAAUGACGGGAGGUUGAUGAAAUAUUCCACGUGGAUGUCUGGUCAGCCGAAUCUUCAUACUCAGCUCUGUUUAGCGGCGGAUAUGCAAAACCCUCCACAACUCUUAGAUUUACGUUGUACAGACAACCGACAUUACGUAUGCGAGAAAUAUGGAGGUUACAAAGGCUGUUAUGGGGUUGCCAGCACGUCGUACCGUGUACUGGCCAAUAUCCCAAGUUUGACGGUGCAGCAGUGCAUUGAAACAUGCCGGGGAAAGAACAAGGCAUUUGCCGGACUCAAGCAAAAAAGCUGCUACUGCUUCGAUUCCAUAGUGACGCAAACACAGGCACACAGCGUGUGUGACGUGGCAUGUGAGGGCGGGGCGUACCAGAACUGCGGCGGUACGGGCAAUAGUAUGUCCAUGUACCAGAUAGACAAGUACCCGAGCCUUGCAGACAGCUGUGAAGACCUGUACGACCAAGGAAUUCGAAUAUCCGGGGAUUACAAGAUACAACGAUAUGGGGAAACCUUCAUACAGACUUGCACAUUUUACGAGAACAAUCCUGAUUGCCCUUCCGGUUUCAUACGCUGGCGAGGAGAGUGCUACAAAUUUGUGACGUCAGCGGCAUCAUGGAAUGCUGCAAAUGGCGCAUGUCUAAACAGCGGUGCAGAGAUGUUGUCCAUACUUAACAGUGAAGAAUGGGACUUUGUUCAAUCUACGCUAACAGGCAUUCAGUACAACGCAGCGAAGGCCGGUUGGUUCACGGGCUUAAGGGACCCAUUUGGUGCCAAGCAGCACACCUGGAGCGACGGACACCUGUUGACAUGGAAACCACACAGUAUCCAAGGAACAGCCAAUCAGUGCGUGCAGUUAAAGAGAUACCACACAAAUGGCAAUUCCUACAACGCUGUGUCGUACCACUGGUCUUACGUCAGCUGCACGUCCUCUUUGCCUUACAUAUGUAAAAUACCAAGAGACGUCAUCGGCUGUGUUCCCAAACCGCCAGAUUCAAAACAGACCCUCGUGAAGUACGCAGGCGCAAUGAGCAACUCCCUCUGUCGGCAGAUCUGCCGUGGCCAGAACAGCACCUAUGCCGCCACCAAUGCUAAUUUAUGUACAUGUUAUAAUGACCUCACCCAGAGCGAGCGCCAGGCCGUGGCUAAGGCUGGCUGUAGCGUCCAGUGUCCAGGCAAUGACGGACAGAGAUGUGGACACGCGUCUCCGGAGAGGGUGACAUUAAAUGACGUCGGUGUCACGUGCCCAGCGGAUUGGGUCCUGGAGAAUGACCGUUGUUAUUACCAUGACAACAGUACCUGGGUCAAGUAUUAUGACGCCUACCUACAUUGUAGAGACUAUGGGGUGGGCGGGACUAUCCUCAGUGUGAACACCCAGGCGGAGAGCGAUUUCAGCAACACACUCAAUAUCAGCGACACGUGGAUAGGUCUGUCUAAGUUGACAGCGUCCUCCUCCUGGAAGUGGGACGACGGAAGCAGUGCCUCGUGGACCAACUGGGCCGCCAACCAGCCAGGGACGGAGAAGUGUGUUACUCAGAACGAGACUGGGAGCUGGAGUACGACCCCUUGCUCUGAAACGCAUCCGGUCACGUGUGAGAAACCGGCUGACGUCAUCGGCUGCGUUCCCAAACCACCAGAUUCAAAACGGACCCUCGUGAAGUACGCAGGCGCAAUGAGCAACUCCCUCUGUCGGCAGAUCUGCCGUGGCCAAAACAGCACUUAUGCCGCCACCAAUGCUAACCUUUGUACGUGCUAUAAUGACCUCACGGAGAGCGAGCGACAGGCCGUGGCUAAGGCUGGGUGUAGCGUCCAGUGUCCUGGCAAUGACGGACAGAGAUGUGGACAUGCGUCUCCAGAGAGGGUGACACUAAAUGACGUCGGUACGUACAGGGAAAUAAGAUGA